CACUCUUAAUUUCUACACACACUCUCUUCCUUCUCCUUCAACAAUCCAUGGAGUUUCAACCUCUUCCCAAUUUCUACCUUGUUACCCUAUCCAUUCUCCUUCUUUCGUCUUUUCAUGCUCAGGCUAAAGUUAGCUUCAAAUACUGCGAUAAGAAGGCAGACUAUGCUGUGAAGGUGACUGGAAUUGAAAUAUCACCAAACCCUGUGGUGAGUGGCAAGCCGGUCACCUUUAAGAUCUCAGCUAAUUCUGGUCAAGCUAUCUAUGGUGGACAGGUGGUAAUUGGAGUUUCAUAUGUUGGGGUGACUGUCCAUACUGAAAAAAUUGAUCUUUGUAAAGAAGUAUCCUGUCCUGUGGCUAACGGGAAUUUUCUGCUUUCUCAUACGCAAACAUUGCCUGCGAUUACUCCACCGGGAUCCUAUACUCUGAAGAUGACUAUGAAAGAUGACAAGGACAAGGUGUUAACUUGCAUUACGUUUAAUUUUAAAAUCGUUCUUGGAUCUUUGUUGUCUGAUAUGUGAUGUUUCCCUUUGCAUGACUGAUAAGGGGUACUCCUUUGCUUUGUUGUUGUCAAGUGUUUUAUUGUAAUGUGUGCUUCACCUCACAAGAGAUGACAUGUAAGGCCAAUAUGGUCUAUUUUUACUCUUCAAUUUGGACUUUGAAUUUAACUUAACUCUAAAAGCUAUCUUACUGGUUGAGAAUUAUUUUAGUAUUUAUAAGUUC